AUGCCUCCACAAGAAGACGCCCUUUUGCGGCGCCCACUCUACGUCUACGACCUGCCUCCUGAGGUACUCAGCUCACUCACUCUCAAGACCGACGCCGACGCAUCCAACGAGUCAGAAGCCGAGACUGCCAUCCCGGGCGAAUCGCGACCUCAAACGCCAGAAAGUACCGGAAACAGCUCCGCCUUGGUGGGAUCCCAAGCUUGCUCACUUUGCGGUCUAUCCUUUGACAGCCUCGAGGAGCAACGAAGCCACCUCAAAUCUGACUGGCACCACUACAACUUGAAGCAGAAGCUGCGCGGACUCAAGCCGGUCUCUGAACUAGAGUUUGAGAAGCUCAUCGGUGACCUGGAUGAGAGUCUGUCGGGAGAGGAUGACUCUUCGGAGGACGAAGACGAACAAGCCAAGGGUGACUCGACGCUCGUCACGCUGCUAAAGAAACAAGCAAAUAUUGUGGACAAGAGCAGGAGAGAUACAAAUGCUGAGGAAGAAGCCGAAAGCUCAAAGAACCCGCGCGGAUCCGGCAAACCACCCUUAAUAUGGUUCACCUCCCCGCAGCUGCCAGAAAACCACUACUAUGGAAUCUACAGAGCAAUAUUCACAAAUGAGGAGCUGGCAACAGAAGACAAGAUCCUAGAUGCCGUCAAGUCCCGUCAGCUCGACCCAAUAUCCAUGCCCAAACCACUCACAAAUAAGGACGGCACCAUGGGUCCAUCUGCAUCCUCCUACACCGGGCGACACAUCUUCAUGUGCAUGAUCGGCGGUGGCCAUUUUGCCGCCAUGGUGGUCUCUCUCGCGCCCAAAAAGUCCAAGUCUUCUGCCCCACUGAACCGCGAGGCGACCGUUCUCGCCCACAAGACCUUUCACCGUUACACGACACGUCGCAAGCAGGGUGGUUCGCAGUCGGCCAACGACAACGCCAAGGGAACCGCGCACUCGGCCGGCUCGUCGCUGCGGCGGUACAACGAGCAGGCCCUGGUGGAAGACGUGCGGAACCUGCUCGCGGACUGGAGGGGUCUGCUCGAUACGGCCGAUCUGCUCUUUGUACGCGCCACCGGCGUCACGAACAGGAGGACCUUGUUCGGGCCGUACGAGGGCCAGGUGCUGAGGGCAAACGACCCAAGGCUCAGGGGGUUUCCGUUCAGCACGAAAAGGGCGACGCAAAAUGAGCUCAUGCGGUCAUUUAUUGAGCUCACGAGGCUCAAAGUCCGGGAGAUCCUCCCUGUGGUUGAGGAGCCGCCGAAACCGGAACAGACGCAAGCCCAGGCACCCAAACGGGCCCCUGGCAAGAAGCUUAGCGAAGAAGAGGAGACGGCACAGCUUCACACUCAACAGAUGCAGGCCCUCAUCCGACGAUCCAAACUCCCCUCCCUGCUGACCUACAUCAAAAACAACAACCUGACCCCCGACUUCCGCUUCCACCCGCCAGAGACGCAGCAGAACCACCACGCGCCCACCCCUCUUCAUCUCGCCGCCUCGCUCAACUCGGCAACGCUUGCACACGGCCUGCUGGUCAGGGGCGGCGCCAACCCCACGAUACAGAACGGCCAGGGCCGCACGGCCUUUGAGCUCGCGGGCGACCGGGCGACGAGAGACGCCUUUAGGGUUGCGCGGGCGGAGCUCGGAGAGGACAAGUGGGCUUGGGGUGAGGACGGCGCCAGGGUCCCGGCUGCGCUGACGCGCGCCGAGGCCGACCAACGCGAGGAGAGGGAGGCCAAGAAGGAGGCGGACAGGCGCAAGGCCGAGGAGGAGAGGCUGAAGCGGGAGGAGGCGGCAUCCGGGGCCAAGAAGGGGGGUGCCAGUAGUGCAAGGAAAGGCGGUGGCUUAUUGGAUGGCACGGUGCCCAAGACGGCGCAGGAUCGCAGAGAAGAGGAGAUGAGGGGCUUGACGGCGGAGCAGAAGAUGAGGAUCGAGAGGGAAAGGAGAGCUCGUGCGGCCGAGGAGAGAAUGAGGAGGAUGCAAUCUGGGUCGUAA